UCGGUUUCAUACACGCAGCAGCAGUGACGGCCGACGUUUAGCCGUUGUCACUUUUUCAUUGUCAUUGUCGAGCGACGAAAUACAUACGAGGAAAGCAUGUCGGGCAGAGGGAAGGGCGGAAAGGUGAAGGGAAAGGCCAAGUCCCGCUCCAAUCGAGCCGGUCUUCAAUUUCCGGUCGGAAGGAUACAUCGGCUUUUGAGGAAGGGAAAUUACGCUGAGCGCGUCGGAGCCGGCGCUCCCGUCUAUCUGGCGGCAGUGAUGGAGUACUUGGCCGCCGAAGUGCUCGAGCUCGCGGGAAACGCCGCCAGAGACAACAAGAAAACGAGAAUAAUCCCUCGCCAUUUGCAACUGGCGAUCCGCAACGACGAGGAGCUCAACAAGCUCCUUUCGGGAGUGACGAUCGCGCAAGGUGGAGUCUUGCCGAACAUCCAAGCCGUCCUGUUGCCGAAGAAGACGGAAAAGAAGGCCUAA